GUGGAAAAUGAUCCUUGACAUGUUUCAUUCGAUCCCCUGACAGAACAACUCAGAGAAAAUUAAGAUAAAUGUCACUUAAGUUUAGGCGUAUGAAAUUAUGAAAUAAAUCCCCAGUACAAAUCUACAGUGAAGCGAUAACGAAAAUGUUCAGAUGUCUACCCUGCAAAAGUCCAUGUUGUUCGUAUGCUUGUGCCACAUUACCACCAUCAUCAAUACCUGUGGAUGUAAGUCUUUGUGCAUCAAAGAAGACAAAGAAGAAGAAAAAAGGGAAAGGCUUGAAGGGUAUUCAGAAUAUGUCACCAAGCCGAAUAGCCCUUUUAUCUAAAAGUGAUUUAGAAAUGAUGACUCCAAGUCAGUUCCUUCUUUUGAGUCCCAGUAAGCAGGAACUAAUCAUGAAAAAAAUGCAAGACGCAGGAAUUUCUAUGAAUAAGUUUACAGAAGCUGGAAUAGACGUUGACAAGUUGAAGUCUAAUUAUGCGGGCUCUGAAGGUGGUUAUUUGACACGAAAAUGUGAUCCGAGAUGUAAAGCCAAGAGGAAUAGACCUGCCACUGCAAGUGGUGCCCCAAGCAACAACACGACAGCUUAUUGUGAUGUUGGUGGUGUUCAUAGAUCGGAUGCUACAACUACAACUGAUAUUAAAACGAACGCUGCAACAUCGACAAAUAACCUAGAUUUCUUCCAUUGUGCUCAAAAAGCUGCCAAUCAAAAUAUUCUGGAUAACGUAUGCUGUAAUCCAGAGUGUAUACGAGCAAUACAACAACAGUACAGUCAAGCUCUGCAACAACAACAAUGGCUGCAAAGAUGCUAUUAUUGUCAAGUUAUGGCCCAGCAGAAUCCUUUCGGUCUUGGCACACAACUACCUAGAACAUCUAUAGGUCAAAAUGCUUUAUCUACCCAAAAUCAAAGCAUAGCGCAAUUCCAGAAUGUUUUUCGACCGAGUAUCUAUCCUAGCUCUUCUCUUUUUAGUGGAGCUUUAUCUUAUCCUUCCAAUCAGUCACAAAUUCCUAGCACGGCCUUAUCUUGGCCUAGUGGUCUUUAUCCGGCACAAUCAGCAUACUUUUCAAGAAAUAUUCCCUUUACAGGAGCAACGUGUGGGACUUGUGGUCGUUUCAAUCCUACUAAAUAAAGAAACUUUCAGAUCA